AUGUCUUUCGCAAUCGUGAACCUCAGCCCAGGUCACCAUGUUCACUCUACCCCGUGUCUCCGCACCAACCCUCCUCAUGUAGAGCCUGUCCCGGAGAAUGAGCAGGCUGUUCUGGACAUCAGUGGCAUGACCAUUAGUUGGUCAAAGCUGAAGACCUUGGGCUAUCAGAUCACAUUGUUCUUGGACUCCGAAAUCCGCAGGAUGCUCCGCUGCAGUGACUGCCUGCUGCGUGUCAAGUCCAAGGCCCAGCGCUCCAAGGAAAUGCCCCACUGGGCUGUAUUCAAUGGGGUGGUCCCACCUCUACCUGAGAAAGCUAUCUGUCAAAGCCAUCCUCUGGGGCCUCGUAACAAAGUGAACCUCCCUUACCCUCGGCCCGAUCUGAAUAAACUGUAUGCUGAUCAUUCGCAGAAAUUCCAGUGCUGCGGAGCGAAGGUUGGGCAGUCUAGUUCCGGUUGCGUCCAAAAAGACACUCACGGAACGCUAUUCGGUUUCGAGGAGCUCAAGAAGGACUACUUCAUGCACGGGACUGAGCGCGGUGUGGCCAUUGAUGAACGACAUGCCGUCGCCCUGGACUGCGAAAUGGGUAUUUCUAUCACGGGCGAGAGCGAGCUUAUUCAAGUGGCCGCAAUCGACUUCUUCAGCGGAGAGAUCCUCCUGGAUUCAUUGGUCUGGCCUGACGUUAAGAUGAGACAUCUGUCAAGCCGCCAUUCGGGCAUCACUUGGCCCAUGAUGCACAAGGCUGCCAAAACCAACACCUGUAUCUGGGGUCGUGACGAAGCCCGGAAGCGUUUGAUGAGGUUCGUCGGAACGCAAACUGUGAUCAUUGCUCAUGACGGGAAGCAUGACUUGCUGGCCCUUCGCUGGCGCCAUUCUCUUAUCGUCGAUACCAAGGAACUCGAAACCCGAAUGGGCAGCGUGGGCGUUGUCUCGAAAUCCCCCAAUCUCAAGAACCUGACACAUGUUCACUUGAAGCGUGAAGUCCAGCAAGGACAAGGCCAUGAUUGUCUUGAGGAUUGCCUGGCUACUCGGGAUUUGGCGGCCUUUUUCCUGAAGACCUUGCCUGCGAGUGAGAAGAUCACGGAAUACGAGAGACACAGAAGGCAAAAGGAGCAAGAGGAUUGCACACGUUUGGCCUCGGGACUAACGUUGGCUGACCUUUGGAGGGAUGAUGAUGAUGCCCCCUCUGGAUUUGUACCUUGGGAUAUGGGACCUAACUCCACUAGCGACUGCGGGGAAAAUUAUGCCUUCGAGGGCAAGGCGCCUGGGGAUAGCAAGCCUUCUGCUGACGAGUCCAUGCGGGCUGAUGUCCCCGAGGGUGUCGUUUAUUGGGAUCUUCGGCCCAAUCCCUACGCCGACUGUGAGGGGGAUGUUUACCCCGACGACUGGGACCAGAUCUUUACUCGUAUGUCCAGGGACGCGUUCAGAGCCGCUACACCCAACAGCGACACUCCGACUACGCCCAGUAGUGAUGCUCCCAUCGAUCCCGGGAGACUUGAGGAUCCUUGGGGUAUGAAAGCUCUUGCCACCUGGUAA